AAUGUUAUUGUCACGCGAUGUAGCCUAGUAAGUUACAACGUUUCAUAGCAUUGCACGCGACAAUGUAUCAUAUCGUAGCCUAGUCUAAACAGUCUUUCCCUUCACAUUUCUCCCAUCUUUUCCCAGAAAACUAUGUUCAUGUUAAUUGAAUGGGUUGAAGAUCCCCCAACCUGGGAUGUAUUGCCUGUAAAGAAGGUAAUUUACGGCGAAAUCGAGGUUGGUAAUGUAUGCGAUGUGGAGUAUUUGGAGGAGUCAAGUCCAGCCAGAAUUAUAGAGUUAGGGAGCAGAAACACGUUGCUAAAAGCACUGGGAAAACUGGAGAGAGACAGGGCAGGAGGCCCAACAACAACAUCCGGGCCAAGCGGCCGUGGUCAGAGGGAGAAGCGCCCCCCUGCACCAUACUCACCUGGUGGCACCACCAGUGACAACGAUGAGUGUGUCCCCAUGAAACGCAAAAAGAAGGAAAGGGAGUCCUCAUCAAAAAAAAUUCUAAUGGAAUACUACGUAAGUGUUCAUAUAGGACCUUCCACUUCAAUAACCCAGCAUCAAUAUGGUUCAAUCAAGUGGUUUAAUGCUAAAAAGGCCACGAAGGACCUUCUUCUGGCCGUGUUUGGGAGGAGCAUACUUGCCAGCCACUCCUACACUGGCAAACAGUCCAAUGCUUUCCGGACUAAAGCAGCUAAACCCCAGCUUAACCCGGUCAAAGUGAGCGACAUUAUAAAUUACAUCACUAAACGGUUUGGGGUCGACCAGGGGGAGGUAAAGAAGGCCAUCUCCGAGAAAUGUGCGGAUCAGGAAAAGAUGGAGAAGAGGCGGACACAUUGA